UUUGUCCAACGAGUUUUCUGAAGGAAAAGAACUUCUGACUCAGAACUUCUGACUCUUCCUUAUGAAUCACUCGUCUUCCUCAAUAUAGCCUUUAAUAACUGAUCUUGUUUUGUUCUUCACUUUUCAUGCACAAACCGAAAAAACCCAAUAAUUUUACUCAUCAGGGAGAAAGAUUCACGUCCUCUUUCUGUCUGUUGACCUGCUGAAGGAUUUCACAACUAAUAAAUCAGACAGACUUUAUUCACGUGGCACUUUUCAUAAACAAACGGCGUCGCCAUGGGCAACAGAAAUAUUAAUAAUCAUCCACGCAGCCGGGGCAACAGAACAGGAACCGAGGAGGACCCCCGUCGUCAAACUCAUGAAUUUGAAAUGAGGGAAAAACACCAAAGGCAGGAAAACAAAAAGAAGCUAGAGAUUAUGAAGAUAAAAAGUUAUGGUGGAGAGGAGGAAAUGAAAAGCAGAAGUGAGGUUUAUAGAUUUUUAACUAUAUACGUCAAACUGGCGUGAAAGGAGAUGACGGAGAAAUGUGGAACACGGACAAUGUGGAACAUUUCGGAACGUAUGCAAGUUAUGGACAAGCUGGUUGCCCCCAUACAGCUUGGCGGGUUACACCGCUGACUUUGGUACAGACGCUCGGGGUUCGAUUCCAGGUCGUCCAGGUGUGAUGGUGAAUAUGAAGUCAUGCAACGUGAAUGUGGUGGAGCUGAACGUUCUGCAGUUAUUACAGGAUGAAACCACUCGGUCCUCUCUUCCACGGUUAUUACGGUUACGCGCCGCUGCUCCUCUCUCACACUCGGUACGGUGACGAACAGCCGCAGUCCCGGAGACUCUCUCUCCUCCUCCGGCGUCACAUCCCGCCUCCUCUCCUCUCACCGGCCGACAGGUUCAUCAGAAGACUGAAAUCAUCCCGUCGACCAGAGAGAAUUAACCGUUUUUAGUUCCGUUUUUCGCCUCGGUGACAUAUAGUCCCGCCGCGUAAAAGAAGUGAACUCGGUGGUUUUACCAUCCGCAGACUCUGCGCGUUUCAGAGACACUGCGGUGGUUUCUGUGGGUUUUAUUUGUCCCCCUCGGUGCGUCAGGAGCCAGGACCGGUUCCUCUGGACACGGUGACGCGCUUCAGCCGCAUCGUCUGACCGUUGGCCCGCGGCUCCUCUGCGUAAAGGUGAACCCGGGAGGAGGAGGAGGCGCGCGCAGGGGCGGCUGCUGGGCCUGGUUCUGGUUCGGGACACUCAUCAGACCUCACACGGAAAUACCUGCCGAGCUGAAUCUACAGAAGUCUGGGUUCAUGCCGGAUUUCGAGCACUUCAGAUUUUCCUACUCGAGCAUGAAUCCGGUCCUGGGGGAGAGCGGCUUCCCGCAGCAGCAGCACCACCACCAGAUGACGGGCCACACGGACUCCGCCAUCCCGGAGCCGGGCUACUUCUUCGGGGAGCACGGCGGCUUUGGGCCGGACGGGUUCCCCGGGCUGGACCUGGGCGCGCUGCCGCCGUCGGGCCUCGCCUACCUGCACCUGAGCAGCCCGCUGCACCGCGUGCCGCCGGCGGCCACCGCGCUGCGCAACGACCUGGGCUCGAACAUCAGCGUGUUGAAGACGCUCAACCUGCGCUUCCGCUGCUUCUUGGCCAAAGUGCACGAGCUGGAGCGCAGGAACAAGCUGCUGGAGAAGCAGCUGCACGAGGCGCUGGAGGAGCGGAGCGCGGGGGACGCGCACCAGAGGCCGCAGACCAAAGACAUGGGCGUGCAGACGGGAUUCAUCGGGCCCCACCCGGUCCGGCCGGGCCUCAUCCCGCUCCACAAUGCCAACAACUCGGCCUACCUGCCCGGCGGCCUCCUGCUCUCCCCGUCCCUGAACGCCCCUCCAGCCUUUGACAACAGAUACUUGCUGGGGAACCACCCGAACCACCUGACGGACUCCAACUCCAACCUCACCACGUCCGGGUUCUCCAUCAGUCCGGCCCUGAGUCCCUGCGAGCCGUCCAGAAGCAUCACCAACAUCAACGAGAGGUUCUCCUCCUCCGACACCGGGACCAACGCCUGCGACAUGCCGCCUCCUCCGCCGCGGUUCCUCCCCUGGUCCUUCAACCACAGCCGCCGGUUCGGCAGCGGCUCCGUCGCGGGGCCCUGGACGCAGCCGGACGGCAUCGGGGUCCAGAUCGACACCAUCACACCGGAGAUCCGGGCCCUGUACAACGUGCUGGGCAAGGUGAAGAGGGAACGGGACGAGUACAAGAGGAGAUGGGAGGACGAAUACGCCGCCAGACUGGACCUGCAGGAGAAGGUGGCGGAGCUGGAGGAGGACCUGCAGGAGAGCGAGGUGUGUCAGGAUGAGUUGGCUCUGCGGGUGAAGCAGCUGAAGGCCGAGCUCGUCCUCUUCAAAGGUCUCGUCAGCAACAACCUGUCGGACCUGGACAGUAAGAUCCAGGAGAAGGCGAUGAAGGUGGACAUGGACAUCUGCCGCCGCAUCGACAUCACCGCCCGCCUCUGUGACGUCGCCCAGCAGAGGAACUGCGAGGACAUGAGUCACAUCUUCCAGGUGGCCACGCCCCCCUCCACUCUGACCCGCCGGGCCCGGAAGCCGAGCGGCCCGUCGGCGAAGGGCGGGGACGGGGACGAACUGAGCGCGUCCGAGAGCGAGGGAGGCGGAGCUAAGGACGAGGAGUCGUGCAGCACCUCGGCCAAUCAGAUCAACGAGCAGAUGCAGAAGAUGCUGAAUCAUCUGAGGGAGUGUGAGUUUGAGGACGACUGCGACAGUUUGGCCUGGGAGGAAACGGAAGAAACUCUUCUGCUGUGGGAAGAUUUUUCCGGAUACACACUGGGAGGAGAGCUGCAGCCGCAGGACGAGUCCAUCGAGGAUGUGAUCAAAGACACCGAGUGUCUGUUCAAAUCCAGAGAGAAGGACUAUCAGGACACCAUCGACCAGAUCGAGUUGGAACUGGCCACAGCCAAGAGCGACAUGAACCGUCACCUGCACGAGUACAUGGAGAUGUGUUCCAUGAAGAGAGGGCUGGACGUCCAGAUGGAGACGUGCAGGAGGCUCAUCACACAGAGCGGAGACAGGAAGUCGCCCUCGCUCGUCCCGCUGACGGAGGACGACGCCGGCGGCGAGGAGAAGGAGAAGGAGAAGGAGAAGGAGAAGGAGAAGGAGAGGAAGAAACCCGCUCUGCCCGCCGGCGUCGUCAACGCCUCCAUCCCUCCUCUGACCUGGAGGAAACCUUGAGUCACUCACGCUCGUCUCUUCUCUUCUCUUCUCUUCUCUUCUCUUCUCUUCUCUUCUCUUCUCUUCUCUUCUCGUCUCUUCUCGUCUCUUCUCGUCUCUUCUCGUCUCUUCUCGUCUCUUCUCUUCU